AUGGAUUUCAGGACUUCAUGUGAAGAGUCAAAGACAGGGAUUUGUUUGCUACAGGAUGGUAAUCAGGAACCUUUCAAAGUGCGGCUGCACUUAGCCAAAGAUAUUUUGACAAUUCAAGAACAAGAUGUCAUCUGUGUGUCUGGUGAACCAUUUUAUUCUGGAGAAAGAACUGUAACAAUUAGAAGACAAACUGUAGGAGGAUUUGGAUUAAGUAUAAAGGGAGGAGCAGAACAUAAUAUUCCUGUGGUUGUUUCCAAAAUUUCCAAAGAACAACGAACGGAACUCUCAGGCCUACUGUUCAUAGGUGAUGCAAUUCUACAGAUUAAUGGAAUUAAUGUAAGAAAAUGCAGGCAUGAAGAAGUGGUCCAAGUUCUUCGGAAUGCUGGAGAAGAGGUAACCCUAACUGUGUCCUUUCUCAAAAGAGCGCCUGCAUUUCUGAAACUGCCUCUUAAUGAAGAUUGUGCAUGUGUCCCUAGUGAUCAAAGUAGUGGCACAUCCUCACCUCUGUGUGACAGUGGUUUACAUCUUAACUAUCAUCCCAAUAAUACGGAUACUCUUUCAUGUUCUUCAUGGCCGACAUCUUCAGGUAUUAGAUGGGAAAAAAGAUGGUGUGACCUCCGAUUAAUUCCUCUUCUUCAUUCAAGAUUUUCUCAGUAUCUCCCAGGAUCAGAUAUGUGCAGACAAAAUGCAUUCCAAGUUGUUGCUGUGGAUGGCAUUUGCAGUGGAAUAAUUCAGUGUCUAUCUGCUGAAGACUGUAUUGAUUGGCUGCAAGCAAUAGCGAUUAAUAUCUCCAAUCUCACAAAGCACAAUAUUAAAAAAAUCAACAGGAAUUUUCCUGUAAACCAGCAGAUAGUCUACAUGGGCUGGACAGAGGAACGGGAACAAGAUUCUCUUCAGGACAGGAUAUACACACCAAAGUUUCUUGCACUAAGGGGUUCUUCACUUUAUAAAUUUUUAGCACCUCCAGUUACAACAUGGGACUGGACCCGAGCCGAAAGAACAUUUUCUGUAUAUGAGAUCAUGUACAAAAUAUUCAAGGACAGUGAUAUACUGGAUCGGCGAAAACACUGCUUUGGAGUACAAUCUGAAAUGGGAGAGGAUCUCUACUUCUCUGUGGAAUUAGAAUGUGAUCUUAUACUAUGGGAAAAGGCCUUCCAAUCAGCAACUUUUUUUGAAGUGGAAAGAAUACAGUGUAAGACAUAUGCCUGUGUCUUGGAGAGUCAUCUUAUGGGGCUUACCAUAGACUUUGGCAUGGGCUUUGUAUGCUUUGAUGCUGCAACAAAGGCUGUACUAUGGCGGUACAAGUUUUCCCAGCUUAAAGGGUCUUCAGAUGAUGGCAAGAGCAAAAUUAAAUUUUUAUUUCAAAAUCCCGAUACUAAGCAGAUUGAAGCAAAGGAAUUGGAAUUUUCAAAUUUAUUUGCAGUUCUGCAUUGCAUCCACUCAUUCUUUGCAGCUAAAGUGGCAUGUUUGGAUCCGCUCUAUGUUGGCAGUCAAGCCACAACUGCCACUACUUCUGCUUCUGUUGCUGCUUCUUCUUCUUCUGCUACUACUACUGCCACAUCAUCUGGCAGCUGCAAAUUAAAACAUAUGACUUGA